AUGACAACCGUUUGUACGACCACCCCGAAUUCCCCUCCUGACCUCUCCGGGUCCAAGUCCUCCAAGUCUUCCUCCUUUCGUUCCUCCUCGCAGCACUCGGGCCCCGAAGCCAUCUUCACUGAUAUCUCCAAUUUCGAAGAAGUGGACCUCCAGGACGAUGUGCAUGUCUCCUACGCCAAGGGUGCAACCCCGUACGUCCAAAAUGCUGGAAUCGCCCGAGCUUCAGCGGCCAUUAUGCACACCAAAUCGGCGGUUGCGACAACCCGCGAUCUGACAGCCACGAAAACAAAGACCGCGUACCCUGCCGGAAAACAGGUCAAUGGCACCUUGGCUCAGCCGGGCCGCGGUCCCAAACACCGCACCGGCAAUCAGCGGGAUCCAGCCUCCACCAAGCAAUCAGCCCUUCAAGUCACGAAGCCUCAUCGUUCGCGUUCCACAUCCCCACUGCGACCAACAUCGAGCUUGAGCUCGUCGCCGUCUACACACAGCCUGUCCCUGAAUCCCGUCAAUACCCCCACCCUCAACCGAAAGCCAUCGUGGCAGCGACCUCGCAAAACCGUGCAAGACUUGGAGGAUGAAUACCAUGACUCCGAUGAAGAGUUACCCGAGGAUGCAAGUCUCUGGAAUGUCCCCAUCUCCCCGCGGCCGGUACAGGAUCGAGCGCCGUCCCGGGCCUCCAGCCCCAACGGUCGCAGUCCUGGCCCUCGACCCCUGCCGCUGUCGCAUUCGGUUUCCGAUGUCACCAUUCCUCGGUCGCCUUCCGGUUCACGAUCCCCCACGACCCGCAACAAUCGUUCCAGCUCUGCAGGACCUGAGCGCGGUCAGAUCUCGCCCCGCAACCCGCGAGCAUACUCAUACAACAAUAUGAUGUCGGAUUUGUCGGAAGAGGCCAAGAUCAUUACGGAAGCCUUGGAAUUCCACGCCGAUGAGCGCCAGCGCCAGCGGGGAGAGCGCCUGCAAAGCGGGCUCUCCUCUCUCCGGUCGAGCGAGGAGUCCAAGCGUGGGUCCAAAAGCACCAUUGAGCUGCCCCCGUUGCAGAAAUCCAACAUCAUGAUCGAUCCGUUACCUCCCAGCAAGGAGAAAGAGAAGGUCCUGACGCGGACGCGGCCCAGCUGGCUGCCUCCCAAGGAUCAGAAGGAGGAAAAGCGGCAUUUGAAGGAAUACAAGCGGAUGAUGGCGCAGGCCCGGGAAGCAGACAAGCGUCGUGCUGCGAAGGCUGCUUCCGCGAAAUGCGAAAAAGACAACACUCGCGAGACUCUCCAGCAGAUCUGGGACGAGUAUGUGUACCCGAACUGGGAUAAUGUCAUUAAUGAAACCCGUACGCGGGAGUUAUGGUGGCGCGGAGUGCCGCCUCGGAUCCGGGGCUCGACCUGGCAGCGUGCUAUCGGCAAUGAGCUGGCUCUCUCCGAGGAAACAUACAAAAAGGCCUUGCAACGCGCCAAGGACGUGCGGGCGCGGCCCGAGGGUGAUUCAGGGGAGACCAACAAGCGCAUGAGGGAUUGGUUCGAGGCGAUCGACGCUGAUGCGUCCAAGGCAUUCCCCGAUUUGAACUUGUUUCAGGUCGGCGGUCCGCUGCGCGAGACAUUGAUCGAUGUUUUGCAGGCCUACUCUAUGUAUCGCAGCGACGUGGGCUAUGUCAGUGGCUUGCAUACCAUUGCUGCCCUGCUUGUCUUGCAAUUUCCAUCGCCAUCGUCGGCGUUCCUUGCCAUGGCCAAUGCGCUCAAUCGGCCGCUCCCUGUUGCUUUUCUUACGUUGGACCGCGGGGCGAUCGGUCGUACAUAUUCACUGGCGUCUGCGACGCUGAAAUACAAAUUCCCGCGUUUGAUGACGCAUUUGCACGAGACGCUCCGACUCAGCGACGAAGAGAUCUGGGAACCGAUGUUCCGGUCUCUGCUGACGAACGGGCUGGACUUGGAGCGUCUCAGCCGGGUCUGGGACUGCUGGGUGUUCGAAGGUGACCGGAUCAUGAUCCGGGCGGGCGUCGCGAUCCUCGGUUGCUUGCAGCCACAGCUGUUUGGGUACACCAAGCCGGACGACCAGAGUCGCAAGGCGGUGCAGGAUAUUCUCAGCUGGGGACCCCGACAGGGGGGCACUCGGACGCAGGAGCGACACAGUGCCCCGGCCUCCGCGACUGGGUUCGGAGGCGGGCAGAUGGCGUCCGGGAUGGGCGAUUACUGGAUGUUGGGCUCGGCGGGUGACGAGGACGGCUUUAUGCAUGAAGUGCGCGAGGCGGGCAAGGUGCGAUGA